GACGUCAUUACGCACGCGCAGCCCUUCUACCGCCUCCCCCCCCUCCACGCCACUCGUCAAAGCCUCGCCAGCGCGUGCCGCUGCCACAGCCUUUUGUGCGCCUCGCGUCUUCGCGGCGAUGUCGGCGGAUAAAGAGAAAAAGAGCAGGGUGAACUCUGAGCGGCGGAAGGAGAAGUCUCGCGACGCUGCGCGAUGUCGGCGCAGCAACGAGACGGAGGUGUUCUACGAGCUCGCCAACGAGCUGCCUCUCCCCCACAGCGUCACCUCGCACCUCGACAAGGCCUCCAUCAUGCGGCUCGCCAUCAGCUACCUGCGCAUGCGCAAACUGUUGCACAACGGAGCGGUGGUUGAAGACUGCCAAGAAGAGAUGGACAGCCUCUUCGGCAAGGCCCUGGAGGGCUUCGUCAUGGCCCUCACGGAGGAGGGCGACAUGGUGUUCCUGUCGGAUGGUGUCAACAAGUGUGUGGGCCUGGCCCAGGUGGACCUCAUGGGUCACAGCAUCUUCGACUUUGUUCACCCAUGUGACCAAGAGGAGGUGCGGGAGAUGCUCGUAUACAGACAAGCAGCGGGAAAGAAAGCGAAGGAGGGGAGCACUGAGCGAGACUUCUUCAUGAGGAUGAAGUGCACGCUCACGAAUCGCGGGCGCACCGUCAACCUCAAGUCCGCAUCGUGGAAGGUGCUGCACUGCAGCGGGCACAUGAAGCUGUACGAGGGCAGCGCGGCGAGCGCCGGCGGGGGCGGCUUCCGGGAGCCGCCGCUCGUGUGCCUCGUCAUGACCUGCGAGCCCAUCCCGCACCCGUCCAACAUAGAGGUGCCGCUCGACAGCAAGACCUUCCUGAGCCGCCACAGCAUGGAUAUGCGCUUCACCUACUGCGACGAGAGGAUCACAGAGCUGAUUGGCUACCAGCCCGAUGAGUUGCUUGGCCGUUCAGUCUACGAGUACUACCACGCCCUGGACUCGGACCACAUGACCAAGAGCCACCACAACUUGUUUACCAAGGGCCAGGCCGUGACGGGGCAGUACCGCAUACUGGCCAAGGGCGGGGGCUACGCAUGGGUGGAGACCCAGGCGACCGUCAUCUACAGCUCCCGCAACUCCCAGCCGCAGUGCGUCGUCUGUGUCAACUACGUGCUCAGCGGGAUCGUGGAGAACGACACCAUCUUCUCGCUGGAGCAGACCGAGCGUCUCUUCAAGCCCAACAAAGCGGCGGUGGGACAAGUGGCGAGCGAGGGCACGGAUGAGGAGGAAGACAUGGCGCUGCUCUACACGCAGCUCAAGAACGAGCCCGACGAGCUGGCACAGCUGGCACCCACGGCCGGCGACGUCGUGGUGCCCCUCGACUUUGGCACGGGCCUGGCGUCGUUCGACGACGUUCCGCUCUACAAUGACGUCAUGAUGGCCGCCUCGCCCGAACCCAUGCCGUCCCCGGCGACGCCGACCAAGGCUUUCGCCGAGCUCCCUGCGGCGGUGGUGGCGGUGACGGAGGCCGGCCCCGUGGGCGACCCGUCCCUCACGGCGCCGCAGCAUUCGUCCGGUCCUUCGUCGCCCUCCGGCUCCCCGGCAACAGCUCCGUCCACGGCGCCGAACAGCCCCAGUGAUUACUACUCGGCCGUUGGGGGUGACCUGAAGGUGGACCUGAUUGAGAAGCUGUUUGCCGUUGACUCGGAGAUCAAGGAGGGCAGCUUCAAGCACGAUGACAUGGACCUGGAGAUGCUGGCACCGUACAUCCCGAUGGAUGGCGACGACUACCAGCUGUGCACGUUGAGCCUGCAGGACUCGCUUACGCUGCCGCCCGACGGGUCCGCCCUCUCCUCGCCCGGGCAGAGCGAGCGGUCAUCAUCAUCGUCAAUGGUGGAUGCUCCGACCCCGGCCUGCGGCCCCACAUCAUUGCCCCCCGCCGCCCCGCAGCCCCCGUCGCCGUCGCUAGCGGCACCGGAAGGCCCUGCCUCCCCGUCGAGCCGGCACACGGCCACGAUGCCGGCAGAGCAGGCGAACUUAAUCGUGACGAGCAGCCAGAGCAAGUUAGCGCCGACAGCCCCGCCGCCGUUCACCAUGUCCACGGUGCACAUCCUCAUCAGCGGUACGACGCCGGUCGGCACCACGCUGCCCGGUGGACUCGUGUCGGCCGUCCCGUGGUCCAGCACCGCCACCACCACGACCGGCGCCGUCGUAAGCGCGCCCACCACCAUUGUCCUGCUGCAGCAGGCGCCACGUGCGCAGACCGUCGCCUCCCUGCCCAGCACCGUCGUGGUCAGCGGCAGUGACGCGAGUCUCGCGAAGGCGUCGCUGACGACGAUUGCGAGCGCCGUCAAGCGCAAGUGGCAGACGGGCACCACGGGGCCCCUCCUCCAGCAGGUCGUCAUUAACAAACAGGAAGGUGCCAACAAGACGCAAUUCCUAGCGGAAUUGCCGUCGAAACGGAGCAAGGCAUCGCAAGACGUGGAAGCGGAGGCGCUUACGUCAGACCUCGUCAGCCGGCUGCUGGGCCCGACUCUGGAGGACAUCACGCUGCCGAUGCUCAACAGCUACGACUGCGAGGUGAACGCUCCGGUGCAGGACAGCCGCACGCUCCUGCAGGGUGAGGAGCUGCUCAAGGCCCUCGACCAGCUGUCCUGAGCAGACCUUUCACCUCCUCUACCCCCAUAACGUCUCUGCUACCCCCCACCACCAGCCCAAUAUACCUCCCCAUCCAAACCUUUCCUUUUGACCCCCCACCAAUGUCCACUUAAGUGUCUCUCGCCUUGCCCCCUCUCUGUGUUUUUGUCAGUCGCUUGGGUCACUCAUAAAAACAUUGGCGGUGAUUCCCGCCAUGGGUGUUGGUGUGUGAUUUCCCCCCCCCUGUGUGACACAGGCGGAACAAGUUGGCAACAGUCACUUUCCGCCGUCAAGACUAGAGAGACGGAGAUUUAAAAAAAAUGAAAGUAAAAACAUCACAGUUCAACAUUUCAACCGACGAUCCCUCCAGUACAAUGCCUUAUGUAAACUUUCAGAGAUGGGUCCAUCGAGCAAUUUGUCUCUUUGCACAAACAUGUGAGCAUGUUACUCACCCGGACAUGGACACACAUACGUACAACCCCCUACAAUCCGUUCCUUUUGUCCCUUUGCCACAAUUGUGAUGGGUGUCAGAACUUGGUCAGGGAUUUGACAGCCAGGCUUGUACAAACCGACAGAGGCAGCAAUGCUGCAAAUGUAAAUGUUGGAAUCUCUACAUUUCCCCUUGUUUGUGCAGCUAUGAAUUGUAUUUUCCUGUAUUAUUUCCACGUUUUUGUUGUAUCGUUUCAAAGAGCUUGUAUGGCAAUUGACAGAGGACGAGCCUGUGACUCAAAACCAAGCAGACCAGAUUAUCUGGCCGAGUUUUUUUUUAUUUUGUGUUGCGUCCGUGUACUGUCUUGCACGGCUUUGUCUUGUGGUAACAGACGUCCUCUUAGGACAUGAAUGGAUCGGGUGUGCCGACAAGUCCAGAGGGACUCAUGAAUACCGGCUUAUUUUUUUCUCCAGAAAAUAUAAUGGUUAACUUAUAUAAAAACAAUAACAAUUUAAUAGAUAAAUGGGGGAGAGAAAAACUUUCUUUUUUAAACACACCAGGGUAGGUUGAGUGUAUGUGCUGUCAUUUUAAUUAUCACCAUUUGGAUCAAUACGCAAAUGGAAACAUUUUUACAAAAUAAUACGCAGAAGUAAUGCUUUUAUUUAGAUUGAGUAUUUUUUCAUAGAUGCCUGGUUGAGUUUAUUGUUAUUCUGCUCAAAUAUAUAUUAUGGUGAACUUCAAGGUGGUAUUUUUAACGUUUCCAUGCUUGCUUUAGUAGUGGCAUAGUGGCAACCCAUUGCUUCCACGAAUAAUAAUGGUUCUUUUAAACAUCGAGAAUUCACGAGGAUCACGAACCGGCUUCCAGGGUGCGGCAAUAUGAAACCCGCACGUCUGCCUGCUUCUCUAAUGCUUCUCUUUCCACUGUACAACCGAGCCACACCCGUGCCGAGCCAGCCCGGAGCAGCUCGGGAGAGGCGCCAAGUUUUUCUAGCGCAGAACUGGAGCCAUGCCGCCGACGUCACACUCACUGAAUUGCACGCGUGUCGUCGGGGUUAAGCGUUGAAGUGUACCGUCUAGACGCAACGUAUGACGAAAAUAAUUAACCCCCUGUCCGCUGAGGCCAUCCUUGGCCUCGAUCCAAAUUCAGGUGUGUUACGAGUUCACCGUAUCACGUUUUUUUUUGUGUACUGGCUUCGGUUUGGAAAGUAGCAGGUGGAAAACCGGUCGGUGUGUAUGGGUGAGGGGGUUCCCCCGCGGUGGCGCAGCUCAGAUGUGCCAGUGGAAAAGGGGGGUGGUCAAGGGCUGUCCAACGCUGACACGCACAACCUGGGACAGUGCUCGCCCUAAUAGCGGCAUCUGCCACUGCCCAGUACAGAAAGCAAAGAGCGGAAUGUCGGUUCUGUCUCACAAACAGUGCAGUCGUGAGAAACGGUAAAGCCUCGUUUCCGAGCUCGGAUCUUUCAUAUGCCAAAACAUUUUUACAACUAAGUUAACGUUAACCAAUUGGGAUGAAAAUUAAGGUUCGAUGUGCAAGAUGCCGAGUGGAAAUCCAGGAUUCUGCUUUUCACUUGACCUCAAUGUUAGCAUUCGAUACGAUGCAUGCGUUAAGUAGGGUUUGAUUUGUUUUCCCUUACGAAUACUAAGCACCUUUAAAAUUUAACCAUACUGUACUGUGUCUGCAGUAAGGUUUCAAAACAUUUGUAGCUGAUUACAAUAUCUGUGAGUGUAAUUGGUAAAGGGAGUAAACGCGUUUGUUUUCAUUUGAGUGCAAUUUAUUUUCAAGGCUGCACAAUUUUGAUAAUUAUGGUGCCAUUCUCAUAUUCGCUUCAUCGCGCACCAUUUACAAUGGGGUUCUUUUCACUCGUUGAAUAUUUUCUCCCAAAAUUAUAUCUCGAUGAACUGUCUUGAGAGCAGCCAUGUGUUGUGGUGUGACUAGGGUGUGACUGCUAGUUAUAGUGACUAGUAUGUAAAUGCCACACACAAUAUAAAUUUAGUUGGGUUGUUUAUUUGGUCUUGUUAGGGAGCAAUAACAGGCUGUUACAAUCCUAACUUCGUGUAUUGUACCUUGUAAGUUUCCUUGGUUUUAAUUUGACAAGAGCUCUUCCACGCACUAUCACCUUUAAGAAAGAUAAUUUUGUGACAUGUACGUUUUAGUUGUCAUCUGUAUUUUAAAAUGAAAUAAACGAAUAGUUUUAGUCAUA